CAGGGGUGCUGGGCCGGCGCCCCCUCCCGGAGCUUCCAGGCAGGGGGCGGACCAGCCGGGACUGGGGGCCUUGUGGCGGGCUGGGGGGCGGGCAGGUGGAAGCAGGGUCUCUGGGGACCUAACCGAGACAUUCCCCAGAGGAAGUCCCCCAGCGCUUUGCAUCCCAUAGGAUGGGUGAGGCGUGCAAGGGAGCCUCAUCUCAUCUGGUCCCUACUCUGCUCAAAGUGUGGACUUCACUUGGUGGGGUCCCAUGAAAGGGUCCACAGGAGCCCGAGGAGGAGGCCAGGGACCUCCAUCCUGGGGGCACAUCAGUUUGGGGUUUGAGGCUUACUGUGUCUGGGGGAGCAGACCAACACAACUGCCCUAAGGGAAGCUCGGGCUGGUUCCCAUCUACCCUGCCCAGUGUGGAGAUGCAGGAUCUGGGACCACACAAGGACUCCCACCUGGUCAGCCUUACUCACAACUGGACGCACACAGUAAUGUUUUAUUUACACUCUACCCCUGGUAGCUUGGUUCCCUCAGACCUGAGGUGGGGGGUAAUGUCAAUGGAUUUUUUUUUUUUAAUAUGUUUUUAGAGCAGCUGGGCCCUAUAGAACUUUCUGGCAUGAUGUAAAUGUUCCCUCUACCUGUGCCGUUUAGUCCAAUAGUCACUAGCCACAUGUGGCUACUAAGUGCCUGAAAUAUGGCUAGUGUCAACUGAAUUUAAAUUUUUUUAUUUAAUUCCAAUUAAACAGCCACAUGUGACUAAGUGGCCACUGUAUUGGGAAGUGCAGUUUUAGAAUCUCCACGUUCCAGGCUUCCAGCUGCCUGCUCUUUGGUUCUUUCAUCAAAACAUCCUAGAUCAUAUCAUUUAUCCCUCUGCAGAACAGGAUGGGAUAGCUGGCUUCCAAGUACAUAGAAAGGAUCUGAGAAACUUCCAGAAGGUCAUAGUGGUCCUGCACCCCUCCCCCAUUCUAAGAUCCUUUGGGCAUUGGGCUGGGCAAGGUCAUAGAAUCACUGCCUCUUAGGAGGAAAGCAUAUCAAAAGCAGCUAUUUUAACCACACAGCAGGGGUCCAAGGUCCCACUGCACUGCUCUGUCUGAAGCUUGCUCUUCCUUAUUCUUUCACCCCUCAAAUUUUGUGGCAUGCCUGCUGGGCAUGGCACUGUUCACAAGAAGUAGUUAGCUACCUUUCCAGCCCACGAGGAGUGUCUGUGAGAGAAGGGAGGGGGCCGAGGAGGAAAGGAAGGGAUGUGAAGCCACAGAACUAUGCAAAAGUAAGCAGAGCUUUGUAAACUACAGGAAGCCACGUAAAAUGUCAUAGGAAGGGUAGGAACAUUUGGGCAUGUGUGCAAAGGCCCUGGGGAUGAGUGGCCACCAGUGGGGUCAGCAAUGCUGGGCAUUAACAGACUGCAAAGAAAUUUGGGCACUUGACCUCAGAGCAGCAGGCAGCCUUGGAGAGAUUUAAGGUGUAUGUUUGUUUGUUUGGUGGUGGUACUAGGGACUGAACCCAGGGGGACUCUAUGGCUGAGCUCUAUCCCCAGCCCUUUUCAUUUUUUGAGACAGGGUCUCACCAAGUUGCUACAGCUACAGCUGGCUUUGAAGUUGCAGUACUCCUGCCUCAUCCUCCCUAGUUGCUAGAAUUACAGGUGUGCACCACCACAUUUGGCCUAAGCAGUAAGUUUUUAAAAGUCCCCCUGGGCUGGGCAUGGGUGGUGCUCGCCUGUCAUCCCAGAGACUCUGGAGGCUGACGGAGGAGCAAGUUCAAGGCCUGCCUCAGCAAGUCAGCAAGGCCUUAAGCAACUUAGCAAGACCCUGUCUCAAAAUAAAAAGGGUUGAGGAUGUGUCUCAGUGGUUAAGUGACCCUGAGUUUGAUCCCUGGUACCAAAGGGGGGAAAAAAGUCCCCUUGGUCAGAGAAGAAUAAGGAUGGAAACCCAGAAUGCUCUCAGACAGUGACUAUAUUAGUCCAGGCAGGAGAUGAAGGUGGGCUGAACAAGACCAACAGGCAAUAGCAUGGAGAGAAGGCAUGCAAUUGAGGUAGAUUUUGGAGGUGGGAUCUACAGAUCCUGUUGGUGGACCAGGCCCUGGACUGGGAGAGAGGUAGGGUCAGAACUGCAGGUUUCUGGCCAGAGCACCUGGAAAGGAAAAGGGGCUAUUUUCUGAGAUGAAAAUGACUGAGACAGGGGCAUAUUUGUGAAGAUCAAUCAAGAGUUCUAUGUAGAUAAGCCAAGAAGGCAGCUAGAGGGAGGGGAUUGGGGACCAGGCUGGGGCUGUAUAUUUCAGAGUGGUCCACAGAGGUGGUUCUAAAACCUUUAGAUAGUUUGAGCUUGGGAAGAGGAUGAAGAAAUGAACUCCAGAGGCCAAGGAGUGGCUCAUAGUGGGAAGGGAAACCAGGGGAUGUGGGGUCUUGGAAGGCAAGUGGUGGCACAGAGCUGUAAUCCCAAUGAGUCAGGAGGCUGAGGCCGAAAGAUCACAGGUUUGAGGCCAGCCUCAGCAACUUGUGAGACCCUGUCUCAAAAAAGGGCUGGAGAUGUAGCUCAGUGGUACAGUUCCCCUGAUUUCAAUCCCAGUACAAAAGAAGAAUAUUAGAAUGUUUCAAGGAGGGCAUAGUGAGAAGCACCAAAUGCCACUCAGAGUACAGGGGAAGAAGACCAGGGAGUUCUCCUGCACCUGGUGACACAGAGUGGGCUGCCCCUGGAAUUCUGCUCCUCUGCUCUUGUUUGACCUACUCACCACAUGUAUUCCCCAUGUGCCAGUUGGCGUGCAGGACUGGGCACACAGCAAAUGGACAAGAUGGUCAUUUAGUGAUGUCUCAGAGCUUAGGUUCUUCUAAUCAGCAGUUUCAGACACAGGUAGCUCUUCCACGAAACCAUAACAAAUCCUUUUGUUCUUUUAUGUGUUUUUUUGUUUUUGAGUCAGGGGUCUUGCUAGGUUGCCUACGCUGGCCUCCAACUCAAGGUCCUUCUGCCUCUGCCUCCUGAGUACCUGGGAUCACAGUCUUGCGCCGCUACACCCAACUCUGUAGUUGUUUUAAGCCAUCAGCUUUUACUGUGAGGCAUCUGCAUCUAAGUACUUAGAGAUUCAAAAAUGAACAAACUUGGUCUUGACUUUCUAGGAACCCAAGUGCAGACAUGCGUGGAGAAUCCCUGCAUUUACCAUAGGGAACUUCAGGAGACUAGAAGACAGGUGCCAGCCCAGCUGGGGGCAUCAGGAAGACAGGGGGAUGCCUGGGCUGCUUUCAAAGCAUGAGUGGCAACUGGCCAGGAAAAGGAGGCUCAAGGAUAGACAGGGACAAAAGUACCAGCUCUGCAUAUGUGGAGAAUGGCUUUUUUGGAAUUGGCUUUGCAAAUGGGAACUUCUAGGUGGCUCUAGAGGUAUCCAGAGGCUGUGGAGGGUCUUGUUGGCUCCUGGUGAGGUGCACAGACUUAGGCAAUGGGGUACCACCGAAGAAGUAGAAGCAAGGGAGUGACAGGUAGAUCUGUGCCUGAGCUUGCUUUCUCAGGCUGUGGGGUGAGGGACAAGUGUGGGGGGAAUGACAGCAGAGAGAUGGAGGCUGCAGCUGUAAACCAUGUGAGCUAGUGGGGCCUGAACUGGGCUGAGGCUGGAAAGAUGGGAGGCAGAAGGUGGUGCAGCCCAGGAGCUCAGAAUGGCCUUUGGGUUCAGGAGGACUUGAGUUCCAAUUCUGCCUCAGGUACUUAGUGUUUGCAAAACCUGGGAUAGAUCACUUAGUCAUGGAGCCUCAAUUUCUUUACCCACAGAGAGUAACCUUGAUCCUCUUCAGGAAUCACUGUAAAGUACUCUGCACAGGGCCUGGCUCAAUUCACACUGUGAGUGAUAGUUACUGCUUACAGUCACACUGUAAGUGGCGAGGCUGGGAUUAGUCCCUGAGUCUAACCAUCCUGCACUGCCUACCUCCCUCUUUCAGCCAUGGAGAUCAUUAGAUAUGAGAUCAUUAGGAGUUGGAGUUGGCAGGUUUGGUUGGUGGCUAGACAUGACCUUCUGAUCCCAAAUGGCUUAUCCUGGCUUCAUGCUUGGGGGGCUGGGGGCGGGGCACAAGCUAGCUACCUUCACUCUGGGGCUCAGCCUCCCAAGCAGCCACAGGUCUAGGCUACUGUUCUAGAAUCACUGCUGGGUGUGUGUGUGUGUGUAUACACUUGCAUGUGUGCAGGAAUGGGAGUGCCAGAGAAAAUCCUGUUCUGACCUUCUUCUGAUGAGCUAGGUAGCUGUGGGCUGCAGGGGACUGGUCAUCCUUUGGGCUAGGAUUCACGAGGUCUGCAUUGUAAUCCUUGUUCAGCCGUGAACUACUCAUGAGCCCUAAGAAUCACUCUGUCUCUGGGACUCAAUUUCCCCUAAAAAUGUCCUAUAACAUGUGAUUGCAUAGAUGGUGGCAGUCUUCCAGGCUCUGAGUUCUGAGAUGCUGCAGCUGUCAAAGCCAAGCUAUAGCGUGUCCUGGAUGGAAGGAGGCCUUGGAGGGGGUUGGGAGCCUGUACCUCCCUGAUGUUGGCCCUUGGUAUGAGUGCACACUCCCCAAAGCCCCUGCCCCAUUGAGUCCAGUUCACUCCUCAGCCUGGGAGGACUCUGGGCAGGAUGAACCCCACCACCCCACCAGAAUCUGCCCCCACCAUGACGGUCCCCCUAACACCUCUCCCUUGUCUUUUUCAUCUCCAGUCUCCCACCGGCAGAGCAGGAAUAAACUUUCCAGGCUAAGUUAGAUGGAUGGUGCCCCUUAGCCUGGUGGGCUGCCCCCCUCAUCUCCACACCAGCUCCCCUGUCAAGGGAGGUGUCUGUGUGGUUGGGGAGGGAGGAGGCACAAGCAUUUGGGUGGGGGUUGGGGGUGUGGCUCAUAGAGUAGCCACACCCUAGGUGUGCCCCUAGAGUAGGAAUGGUGCCCCCCGGGAAGAAGCCAGCAGGAGAGGCCUCCAACUCCAACAAGAAGUGCAAGCGUUACUUCAAUGAGCACUGGAAGGAGGAGUUUCCCUGGCUGGACUUUGACUAUGAGCGGAAGCUGAUGUUUUGCCUCGAGUGUCGCCAGGCCCUGGUACGAAACAAGCACGGCAAAGCGGAGAACGCCUUCACCGUGGGCACUGACAACUUCCAGCGUCACGCCCUGCUGCGCCAUGUCACCUCGGGGGCCCACCGCCAGGCUCUGACAGUCAACCAGGGCCAGCCCACUUUCGAGGGCCCUGCUGAGGGAGGUGGGGCCUACAGCAGCCUGGCUGCCACCCCCACCUCCAGGGAUGUCAAAGUAGAGGUGGACUCUGCCAAAGUGGCGGUGCUGACCACUGUGUACUGCAUGGCCAAGGAGGAUGUGCCCGACGACCGCUGCUCUGCCCUGCUGGAGCUGCAGAGAUUCAACCUGUGCCAAGCGCUGCUAGGCACAGAGCAUGGCAAUUACUACAGCCCCAGGAGAGUGAGGGACAUGCAGGUGGCCAUUGCCAGUGUCUUGCACACAGAGGCCUGCCAGCGCCUGAAGGCAUCCCCAUUUGUGGGGCUGGUGUUAGACGAGACCAGGGACUGGCCUGAAUCCCACAGUCUAGCCCUGUUUGCCACUUCGGUAUCCCCAUGUGAUGGCCAGCCUUCUACCACCUUCCUGGGUAGUGUGGAACUACAGGAGGGCAGGGCCACUGCUAGUCAGCUCUUGGACAUCCUGCAGGCCUUCGGAGUAUCUGCACCCAAGCUAGCCUGGCUCAGCUCAACCAUCCCCAGUGACCGCCUAGGGAGUGUCAGCCUGCAGCUCCAGGCUACCUGCCCACUGCUCACCGAACUGCACUGCCUCCCUGGCAGGACAGAUCCUGAACCCCCUGCCUACCUGAGUGAAUAUGAGAGCAUACUGGAUGCCCUAUUCCGCCUGCACGGUGGCCCCAGUUCUCACAUGGUCCCUGAGCUCCGGGCAGCCCUGGACCUUGCAGCAAUUGACUUGGCAGGACCAAGGCCAGUGCCCUGGGCCUCCCUUUUGCCUGUUGUGGAAGCAGUGGCAGAGGCCUGGCCUUGCCUGGUGUCCACCCUGGAAGCCGCAGCCCCAGCCUCACCGACAGCUGCAGCCCUGGCUCUGGCCCUGCGCCAGUUCACCUUCGUAGCCUUCACCCACCUGCUGCUGGACGCUCUGCCCUCGGUGCAGAAGCUUACCCUCAUCCUGCAGCCGGAAGAGCCCGACCUGGCCUUGUUGCAGCCCAUGGUGAUGGCGGCAGCAGCUUCCCUCCAAGCCCAGCGCUGCUCAGGGGGAGCCCGCCUCCAGGGCUUCCUGCGAGAACUGGCACUCUCAGACCCCGACCGGGGCGGUGGGCGCUGCGCCUACCGCAGCCUGGAGCUGGUCGGCUACUCAGAGGCCGCGAUCAGGGACUUGGAGCGGCUGCGGGGAGCCUUUCUGGACUCCAUGCAGAGGGGGCUGCGGGACUCCUAUCCCGGGCCCUCGCUGGACGCCGUGGCUGCCUUUGCGGCGAUCUUUGACCCCCGCCGCUAUCCGCAGGCCCCGGAAGAGUUGGGUGCGCACGGCGAGGGGGCGCUGCGGGUGCUGCUGCGCGGCUUCGCGCCCGCGGUGGUGCGCCAGCGCGCGCUGGGCGACUUCGCUCUCUUCAAGCGCGUGGUGUUCAGCCUGGGGCGGCUCAGCCCGCGGGCGCUGUGCACCAAGCUGGCUUGCGAGAACUCGGAGCUGCACGAGCUCUUUCCCGACUUCGCUGCCCUGGCCGCUUUGGCUUUAUCUCUGCCCGCGGGCGCCGGCCUCCUGGACAAGGUCGGCCGCAGUCGCGAGCUGCGAUGGUGGGGACAGAGCGCGACCGGGGAAGGCCGGGGAGGCCACGUGGUGAAGAUCGCCGUGGACGGGCCCCCGCUGCAUGAGUUUGACUUUGCGCUGGCGGCGGAGUUCUUAGAUGGAUGGGGGGAGGGGCUCCUGGGAUCCCAGCUCACCUGAGGAUGGCUUCCUCAUUGCCCCCUCAGCCUGCAGCCCUGGAUGCUCCAAGGGCCAAGCCAGACUUGACUAUGCUGAAACCAAGCUGACCUACUAACUGUGGUCUACCUAGCUAACCCUCUACCCCUGCUGAGCUCCUAACCCUGGGGGCUGCAUGGGAAGAGGGGCCUGAGCAAGUGGACAGAGAGGCUAGCUACGUAAGGUCAGGGCAUCGGAACCCCCCAUUCCCACCUCCUCCCUUUCCAGAAUUUGGUGAGAAGUAACUUACCCUUUCCCUUUCUGGACCCCACGCACAUUUGGCCCUAGAAAAGUUGGGGGUUCUUGGUUGGAGGAAGGAAAACUGGGUCUUGGAAAUUGAGGGAAAGAAUUGGUCUUUGUUUCCUAGCCCAACACUCAACAGUAUUUCUUCUUUUUAGGUAAGACAGGAGAGCAGAUGACUGUGCUUACUUUUUGGGGUGCUGGGGAUGGAACUCAGGUCCUCAUGCACACUAGGCAGUUGCUCUACUAUUGAACUACCCCCCAAGCCCCGUGUUUGUUUUUACAGAUUUUUUAAAAAAUUAAAAACUUUUUUUUUUUUUGAGAUGGAGGUUUUUGCCAUGUUUUUCAGGUUGGCCUCAGUCUCAUUAGACCAUGUUCUUUUUUGACACACAGCACAGCAUACUCUGCAUGUGCUCAUGGUUCAAGGGCACAAUAGAUCAUGGAGAUUGUGGUGUCCUUUCUCCCCUCCCUGCCAGUAGGCUGCCUCAGGGCCUUUCUGUAUAUGACCAUGUAUAUAGACAUACAAAUCUACAGAUGUGAAAUAAAUCUAUCCUUUCAUAGUGUUAACACAUAAAAAUCAAAAAGACUUCUUUUGGUUUUGCAAUGACAGGGUCUAAAAAAGUCCCAAAUGGACUGGAUUUCUUUCUUUUAUAUACCUCGCCCCACACCCCUGGACUGGAUUUAUUUCUAAUUUACUUAAAAUCUGGUUGUUCAAAUUCCUAGCUCUCUUUUGCCCUUGCCUCAGACCUUUAAGACCAAAGAUUGCAGACCAUGGUGCUGCUGUACCUGCUGCCUCUAAGGGCUGGCCUCUGGCCUGACCCAGGAUGCUUAGGGUUUUUAUUUUACUUUUUGCCUCCAGGGAAAUGUUGUUGGGACCUCACCAGGGCUGAGGAGCACAACCCUUAGACUGAUGGAUUUUCCAUUCCCUUUUGUCAGCCCUUCCUGUGAAUGGUGUGGGAUAUGGAUAGAGGGAGGGGACAGCUAGAGAGUGAGAGGGAAGGGGGCUGACCUUUUCCCAAGCCCCCUGAAUUUGGGCUUCAUUUGCAAUAAAGUGGAAACCCAGCACA